AUGUCGGAAGAUAAUAAAGAAUCUGGCCCGGCCAGGUCUCGGUCGACUUCAUUAUCAAGUUCGGGGUCCGAUUCACAUGUAUCGAGGACGAGAUCGCGCUCGCGCAGUUUGGCAGGCUCCCUCAAGACGAGACUGCGGUCUUUGUCGAAUCCUGGGAUGGCACAGGUCGAUCGGGUUUAUUCAGGCAGACAUAUGAAUGACCAGUCUGUCUAUCAUAGUGACGAUGGAUCCAACGACGAGGAAUCACUCCAAGGCGAAGGGAGGCCCGAUACGAUACAGGAAGUGAGGAACGGCGUCGUGAACGAGCGCGAUGUUGAUUUGGAGAAGGGCGAUGCGCAACAUCCCGAGCUCGAGAAAUCCAGGACGUCAAAGUCGAAUAGGUCGCGAAAUGAUCCGACAUUGGUGACCUGGGAGGGCCCUGAAGACCCGGAAAAUCCGAAGAACUGGAGCACGAAGAAGAAGUGGGCAGCUACUAUUACUGUCUCACUGUUCACGUUUAUCUCGCCCGUUUCAUCUUCGAUGGUUGCGCCGGCACUCUCAUCACUCGCUGCUGAAUUUAACGUUACGGACCAAGUGGUCUCUCAACUCAUGCUAUCAAUCUUUGUCCUAGCCUACGCUGUUGGUCCAUUAUUCCUCGGUCCUCUCUCAGAAAUCUAUGGCCGAACAAUUGUCCUUCAACUUGCCAACCUCUUCUUUCUCGUCUUUAACAUCGGAUGUGCGGUGUCAAAGAACAAGGUCCAAAUGAUCGUUUGUCGUUUCUUCGCUGGACUAGGAGGAAGUGCUCCACUAGCUAUUGGCGGAGGCGUCCUCUCGGACUGUUUCCACGCCGAAGAGCGUGGAAAGGGCAUCGCAAUCUACAGUCUAGCACCACUGCUAGGCCCCGCCCUAGGCCCAAUCGCCGGAGGUUUCAUCGCAGAAAACACAACGUGGCGCUGGGUCUUCUACUCAACAUCAAUCUUAGACGGUUUGAUCCAGGUAAUGGGUCUCUUCUUCCUCCGCGAAAGCUACGGACCCAAAAUCCUCCUCGACAGAGCAAAGCGCAUCCGCAAAGAAACAGGCGACGAAUCCUACCAAACAGAAGCAGAGCGACAAAAGAAGACCCUCCCACAAGUCCUCCGCGGCUCACUCAUCAGACCAUUUAAACUCCUUCUCACACAACCAAUCGUCCAAGUCCUCGCCCUAUUCAUGGCAUACAUCUACGGCAUCAUGUACCUUGUCCUAUCGACAUUCCCCACCCUCUGGACAAGCCCAGAAUAUUACAACGAGUCCAUCGGUAUCGGCGGCUUGAACUACAUCUCACUAGGUAUAGGCUUCUGGCUCGGAUCGCAGAUCUGCGCGCCCCUCAACGAUCGAAUCUACCGCCGUCUCAAAGCCCGCAAUGGCGGCGUUGGAAAACCUGAAUUCCGCGUUCCACUCUUGUUCGUUGGUGCCUUUUUCAUUCCUAGUGGACUGUUCAUCUACGGCUGGACAGCGCAGGAACAUUGCCAUUGGAUCGCGCCCAAUAUCGGUGCUGUGCUCUUUGGUACUGGUACCAUCGUUGCGUUCCAGUGUAUCCAGACUUACAUGGUUGAUACGUAUACGCGUUUCGCGGCUAGUGCCCUUGCUGCUGGUGCAUUUUUGCGGUCUUUAGCUGGGUUUGGUUUCCCGCUUUUCGCGCCAUACAUGUAUAAUGCACUGCAUUAUGGUUGGGGCAAUAGUUUGUUAGCUUUCUUAGGCAUCAUCAUUGGGGCUCCUGCGCCUGUGUUCCUGUGGAAGUUUGGUGAGAUGUUGCGGAAGAAGAGUACUUAUGCUGCUGGAUAA